CUCGAACAGCUUCUCAUCACUGUGCUAUGUGAUUGAACUUGGAAAUACAGUUAAUACUGUCUGAUUUCAUCACUUUUAUUCACAAUGCAUAUAUUUCAUAAGCUCCUUAAUCUCUUCGUCCUGCAGAUUGUGUACACAGUUGCUGACAGGGCCUCGAUCACAGUGCGCCAGAUUCCUGUGAACGAGACUAAGGCAGCGGGUGCAAAUGUGUCAAUUUACUGCACCUACCCAAUCUUCGCUCAGAACGCAGCGGUGGCUGUUUACUGGUGGAAAGGGGGACAAGAAGGAUAUAUAGAUCCUACUGCAGACAGAAGGAUAAGUAUUAUAACUACAGAGCAAGGUUCUGCCGAAUUCCAUAUCUUCGACGUGAGAUUCGGGGACUCUGGAAUAUUUUAUUGCGGUGUGAGAGACUGGACAGGAAAGAUUUCCAAAGGCAAUGGCACGAACGUUAUUGUACACGUUCCGCCGGCGCCGUUGAAAAUCACCGAAGUGAACGUUCCUUCCGUGGCUCUGACGUGCACAACUGCUGCUUUUUUUCCGAAGGGCUAUGAGCUCAUAUGGUAUAAAAAUGAAGUCGAAAUCACUUCUGGAAUACAUACCACACAAAUGCAGAACAAGGAGGGAUUAUAUCUAGUUUCAAGCUCCCUUAAUGUAAUAGAAAGCUGGUCUGUUUAUACUUGCCAUGUGUUUCAUGAAUCUAUGAAGGCGCCAGCCUCCGAGUCAUAUAGAAUCGGACUAGAAAGCAGACACCAGUUCAUCUUCAUCCUGACGGGUGCACUUGCAGCCUGCGGAGUCAUUAUCCUCGCGCUGUUGUUACUUAUCAGGCGUUUCAGAGUAGACAGGACUGAAGUCGCAGCGGAAAAUGAUGAGAACUUAAGUCGCUACCAGGAAAAUCAGGCUUCAGAAAGCCAGGAUAUCGGCAGUCCUUCCUAUGCAGAUCUAAAUUUUAGAAGGGAUAAUAAAAACAAGAAAGUCAGAUAUGAAGCCGAACGCACUAAUGCACUGAUCAUACAAGGAACUGAGGAUAAAUUGAUGUAUGCAUGUGUGGAUGUCGCCGCUUCUCAGAAAAACGCAAGAAGAGUGCAGAAGACUCAUGGGACCGAGUAUGCAGGAAUAAAGAUAAAGGAAGAGGCGAGACAUCUGGAAACGAAAAGAGCACCAUAUAGCCAUUGAUAAUUGUAUUAAACGUUACGGGCCAUCGUGGUGUCCCAAGAUCAAUCAUACUCUGUUACUGUUUCGUAACAACUGUGGAGUAAGCAUAGGAUUUUAAUGAGACAUCACCAAGUCCAAGAAAACAAAAAAAAGCUACAAUUAAUGGACCAUUGCAUCGGAGAUUGUAUUCAGCUCAGCAUUUGUAUAGAAACGAAAGCCCUAUUAACAGCCUUGAGCCCGCAUCACACGACAUUUUCCUAUGUAAUUCAUAGUUCAAAUAGAUUUUAAGUGUUGGCUGUAUCUGCUUCCACAACCUUCCGGGAAGCUCAUCCUACUACACCCUAUUACUUAAAUACACACUCUUCUUAUGAAAUUCAAUACCAUCAUUUCAAACAGUUCUUCUCAAGUUCUGGACUCCCCUGCCGUAGUAAAAUUACACUGUCUAUCUGGAUUACAUGUGUCUCUCAUACGUAAAUAAACUUCCACAAAAUCAUCCUCAACUUCGUAAUCCGAACCUAU